AUGCCUCCCCCAAAAACAACAGCAGCAGAACCCAUCUCAGCCCUCUACCGCCUCAUCUUCCUCUAUCUCGAGCCCUUCUUCGCAUUCAGCGGCGCCAUCCAAGUCCUCGUCGCCCCUUUAACCUGUAUCGCCAUCAGCCACCCCGCUCUUCACGCCUACCUAGCAACCAACCCUGCCGAUCUCCCCCUCUUCCAAUCCCAAUUCACGACCAUCGCCGGAGGCUGGCUGCUUCUCGCUCUGAACGACAUCAUCACGCUUCGCGCUUUUCGCAGGCAGCCCAGAGUCUGGUGGUACGUGAUGCUCGUGCACCUGGUGAGCGAUGCGGUGUACACGUUCAGUUUGUAUCAGGACGGCAGGCUGCAGGGGCAUGGCCUGGGGCGGUUCGUGGAUGUGAGAACGUGGGAUUCCAAUGAGUGGGUGACGAAUGUAUUGACGUUUCCGUUCACGGCUGCGAAGAUUGCGUUUUUGCUGGGCUUGGGGUUGGAUUUUCAAGUCGAGGGGAAGGUGAAGCUCUAG